CCGGGUGGGCGCACGUGCUCCGGCUGGCUGCGAUUAGCCGCUGGAGGAACCCGCUGCCAGCCGAAGCGCGGGGAUCCCUAGCCUUAUCCUACGGGUGGUUUUUAUUUCAUAGGGUUCCCCUUCCCCACACACACACACAUACUCCGUCCUAGCUUCUGCCCUGCCUUCUGUCGGAGCUGCCCUGCGAUCAUGGCUGGGCGCAUCCUGUGGCGCUUCUGGAUCUCGGCAGCCCUAGUGUACUGCGCGGGCGGCACCCGAGCGCUGGAGCUGGGCAAGUCUUCGCCGCGCCUGGCCGAGAUAACCGCGCAGAGCCUGGCUGCCUCCUCCUGGACCAGCGCGGUUCCCGUGGCAGCCGAAGUGGAGGAAAGCAUCGGGACUUCCAACGCUUCUCGUCCGGGAUCGCCUGGCGGGGCUGGGCGAGCGCCUCCCCCCGCUUACCCGAUGUGCCGCAGCCAGACGGAGAUCAAGAAUACUUUCAAAUACAUCAACACGGUGAUCGGUUGCCUGGUCUUUGUGCUGGGCAUUAUCGGGAACUCCACCUUGCUUCGAAUCAUCUACAAGAACAAAUGCAUGAGGAACGGCCCUAACAUCCUCAUCGCCAGCCUGGCUCUGGGGGACCUGCUGCUCAUCCUCAUCGACAUUCCCAUCAACUUGUACAAGCUUCACGCAGCAAAAUGGCCUUUUGGAGUUGAAUUGUGUAAAUUAUUCCCAUUCUUUCAAAAGACAUCUGUCGGCAUCAUAGUGCUAAGUUUAUGUGCUCUCAGUAUUGAUAGGUAUCGAGCUGUUGCUUCAUGGAGCCGUAUCAAAGGAAUUGGCGUACCAAAAUGGACAGCAAUUGAAAUUGUUUUGAUCUGGGUUGUGUCCUUUGUUUUAGCUAUUCCCGAAGCUAUAGGCUUUGAUGUUGUUACUAUAUCAUACAGAGGGCAGAGGUUGUCUACUUGUUUACUUAGUCACCAAGAAUCAUCUUUUAUGAAGUUUUACCAGGUAGCUAAAGACUGGUGGAUUUUUGGCUUUUAUUUCUGUUUGCCACUGUUAAUCACUGCUCUUUUCUAUACUCUGAUGACCUGUGAGAUGUUAAGAAAAAAGAGUGGGAUGCAGAUAGCAUUAAAUGACCACCUGAAACAGAGACGUGAAGUAGCCAAAACAGUGUUCUGUUUAGUGGUUGUUUUCGCCCUGUGCUGGCUGCCUCUUCAUCUCAGUAGCAUAUUGAAGUUUGCUCUCUAUGAUCCCCGCAGCCCAAACAGGUGUGAUCUUUUCAGAUUGUUGCUGGUGAUGAACUACAUUGGAAUCAAUAUGGCAUCUUUGAAUUCCUGCAUCAACCCAAUUGCUCUCUAUUUGGUGAGCAAAAGAUUCAAAAACUGCUUUAAGUCGUGCCUUUGUUGCUGGUGUCAUUCCAAAGACAUACUAUCCCUGGAGGAGAAACAGUCCUGCUUAAAGUUCAAAGCAAAUGACCACGGAUAUGACAAUUUCCGCUCCAGUAACAAGUACAGCUCAUCUUAAGCAAGAAAGCUUGGACUCAGCUAUUAUGGGAUAUUGCCAGGCUGUAAAGACAAGGACAGUUAAGCUGAAGACAACGGAUUCUGCAUAGUAGAGGAAAUUGAGCUAUCUGGGAAGGAAGUUUGAGAUUUUCACAGAAAUCUAAAUAUUUACUGAGCACACUAACAUCUUAACCAUGCCCAAUGUUCCUAAUCAUUUGAGUCAAUGUUGCUGGGUUGGGGGGUUGGGGAGGAACUACAGUUGUUUAAGCACUUAAAUACUUCAAAACAGUAAUUGCCAAAUCAUUCUCAAAUCCUGUGCAUGAAAUAAUUGUAUUCACCAAGGAGCCCAAUUAAUAAUUCUUAAUAUAGAAUUGUAUGAUGAUUAUGUUUCGGGCAAUACCAUCCAUCUCUAUUAUUUUAAAAACAAGUUUUACUUGCCUGUAAAAUUCAUAGGUAAGUAUGUAAGUGUAAAAUUUUAUUCCACCUGAAAUGUGCAGUUUGUAGCAUGGUGCAUCCAGGACAUGGAUCGUGCUGGUAUAAAAUAGAAUCAGUAAGAAUUUUUCCCAUAGUAAUGAAGGAACUUAAGGAGUCACAAUCAGUCUUAAAGCAAUUUAAUUUUUUUUAAGUAAACUUUUCAUCUGGAGUGAUAAAUGAACUUUUUAAAGGCUGAAAAAAUGGCCAUCAGCCAUUAAUAUCUGGGACAUCUCCAGCUCUACUUAAGGUUUUAGGGAUAAUCUUGCAUGCUUGUGAUCCCCAAUGGUGUACAUAGUCCUUCUGGAAGUCAUCAAAGACCCAGGACUGGCUUCUAGCCCUACUUUAAACAAGCAGUACUCUUUGGCAUGGUGUGUCACAAGCUGUGGAGGACCAAGCAAUGAAGAAAACAGGCAGCAUUAGUAUGACAUGAGUGCAACACAUGAUACAGCUUUAAAAUUAAUAUAGUAUGAAUAUCAGGCUUUUAUUUUGUUCUUUCUGGGGAAAAGUAUUUCUAAAUCUUAUAGGAAAUGUGUGCAUAAAGUUCUAGAAGCAGGAAAGGCAAUAGAAUAAGUUUUUAGUCCUCUACUGACUUACUUUGCCCUUUCCCAGGGCUGGUCAAACUGAUCUAACAAUGCAAAAUAAUAACCAGUGGUGUAAAAUUAAAACAUUUGAGCAAACAUGCUUAAUUUAUACAAAAUACAGAUUUUUUCUCUCAUCACAUUUAAACAGCUGGCACACAGAAUUUCAUUCUCUCCGCCCCCCCCCCUUUUAAACUAGGUAGUGUUACUGCGAUUUCAAAUCUUUGUUCCCCUGAUACAGAGAAAUACAAAGCUCUCUUUCUGUAGAUUUUUAACACUGCAUUGCUGUUUCAAUGGCAGACCAAGCACAUCUGUCACAGGAAUUAACUACCAUCAGUAUUAGUCUGAGUUAUAUGUAGAAACCUGGACGGACUUGCAUUCAAAAGGAAAGCAGGGAUCCCCCUCUAUUAUUUCUUCCUCUUCUUCCUCUAAAUCUGUCUUGAGAAGGCAAUAAGAGAUUCCCUACUUUUUUGGGUCCUCCUGAUCUUUUAAACUGGCUAUAGAUCUGGUAAUAUAUCCCCAGUAGUGGUAUUCACUUACCUUCACUACUGGUUCACAAAUGUGAGUGCGCGUGCCACUUCUGCGCAUACGCAGAGCAUCUGUGAUGAUGUCCGGGUAGGUGGGCGGAGCCUCCCACCACUGCCGCUACUGGUUCGCCUGAACUGGGUAGAACCGGCUCAAUACCACCACUGUAUAUCCUUCACUUUUCCUUAUAGGACAUUUAAUUGCAUCUGUGUAAAUAUUCCAUUAAGCCAUAAUGAGAACUAUAAUAAUAAACAGUAAAAUCUGGGCUGGUCCCAAUGUUGAUACCAUUCAUUAGUCAGAGAGGUAAAUACAGUGGUAUUCUGCUCCACAAAUAGUGGAGUUUUUGUAUUAAUACUUCUAGUUAACCCAGACAUAAACUUAGUAUUAAAUAAUAUUGUUUUAAGUUAUCAAAGAGGCUGUAUAAUAACCACGCCAACCUGUUGUCCUGCAGUCCAGAAAAUCUAGAAGAGAAUAGAUUAUUGAAGGCUUCCCUAAAGCAGGGGUCUCCAACCUUGGCAACUUUAAAACUUGUAGACUUCAACUCCCAGAGCCAGCUUUGCUUGCUGAGGAACUCUGGGAGUUGAAGUCCACGAGUCUUAAAGUUGCCAAGGUUGGAGAUCCUUGCCCUAAAGGGUCUUCAAGUUAACAUUGUGGCAGGAUCCACUAUCAUUAAUGAACCUGGCAGAGUGAGGUAUCACUCGGAGGAUUCUAUUUGGAGUCUACUUGAGGAUAGCCAAUUCUUUCUUUCAUGAAGAAACAAAAAGAUUAUGACUUCCUAUUCAGACACAAAAUGUCUUGGACCAGUCUCAUACUUUGCAUGGAAAAGUGAAAAUAGGUCAAUUAAUUUUUUUGUUUUUUUAAAUGCAUUUGCUCAUACCUCAGUUUUUGAGAUUAGAUACCUGCAUGGUAGGAUUUACUUCUAAAUAAACAAACAUAGAUUUGCAUUGUGAGGGUAAGUUCAUCUGGAGUUUCUCCAUCUACCAGAAGAUGCUCCUAAAGCUGAUCUUUUCCUGCAAGGGGUUACAUUGUUGUAGCAUCAGCCACUUCACUUGGACCCCAUUACAAAGUGGCAAAACGUGACAAGCUUAUUGUCUUCUGGUUACAUACGAUUAUUUUCAAAAGUUCUGUUUUACAUAUUAAUUCACUGGUGCAUAACCUUGGGCCCUCUAGCUGUUUUAGUCGAUUAAGUCCUUGACCCAGUGGUGGGUUUCAAAAUUUUUUACUAUCAGUUCUGUGGGUGUGGCUUGGUGGGUGUGGCAUGGCUUAUUGGGCAUGUCAGGGAAAGGAUACUGUAAAAUCUCUAUUCCCUCCCCAAUCCAGGGGAAAGUUACUGCAAAAUCCCCAUUUCCUCCCGAAUAGUUGGAACUUGGGAGGCAGAGAAUAGAAUAGAAUAGAUAUAGAAUAGCCAGUCAGAAUUUUUACUACCAGUUCCCCGAACUACUCAAAAUUUCCACUACCGGUUCUCCGGAACUGGUCAGAACCUGCUGAAACCCACCUCUGCCUUGAUCCAAGUCUUAACUAAUCAAAUUAUCUAAUAAGUGAUUAUAUAGUAAGUUUUAGUUUUGAUCAAAACUGUUACAUGAAAUGGUAAAGCUAAAAAUAAACGGGCAAAGUUCUUAGGUGUCAUUUAGACAACAGGAAGUCAUGUUCUCAAACUUUGAGAUGAAAGUAUUUAUACAGGCAGUAAAGUUGGUGUUGAUCCUGUGCUGAACACUGACAAUUAUUCAGUACUUUUAAUUUCCAUUAAUCUGUUCAGUAUUACUGCUAUUGUUUAUAGCGUUACAGUACUGUACACAUAUCAUUGUAGUUCUUUUUAUAAUGUAGAUUGUAUUUCUGAGCUGCAUUUUUACAGUGUGUUGCUGUAUUUUUACAAUGCACUACGUUAUGGUUCAAAUGUGUUAAAACAUUAUUGUGUAGAAAACAAUUUUUGUAGUUUGUAACUUGUGAUUAUCCAGUGCAGAGGUUUUACACAUUUCCUUUUAUGUAAGAAUUUGGCUAAAUAUGAAAUAGAAUUUAGUUAGGCUUAUAUAGCAGAACCAGAGGAUUUGUGUUCCCUAAUUUUAGUCACUUGUUCAUACUAAAUAUAUAUGUAUAUACUUCAUAUUUUAAUAGCAUAUGUCUUUACUUUUAUAUAACGAAAACUUUGUAGCAAUAUGAAGUAUGAGAUUCAGAUAACAAUAGAAUGUGUGUGUAGAAAUUGGAAUUUCUAGAUUUUUUAGGUUUUUUUAGUUUGCCUUAUUUUUAUAAAUAAACUAGAUGAUCUAUAAUUCUCUUUUUAAAGAACUCUUUUAUACAGAAUUUCCCCUUUCUCUACAACUGCACCCCUAGUUGUACAAUGUCCAACUGCUGUAGAUAGAGAAGGGAUCCAAUCUGUGUGGGAAGAAAUUAAAUUUUUCACUUCCACAUCUACAUUUUAGCUUCUAUAAUUACUAAUUUCAUUAUUCAGUGUAACAGAUUCAGUAUAAUUGCCAAUACUAUCUUUAGUUAAAUCAGGUGAGAGGAAUCAUAUAAAGAUGAAUCGCUCCAGACUAUCCAGUAUUAUUUUUUUAAAAAUUGAAGAGUUGUUCUUUUUUAUAGUAUUCCCUGUAACAUUGUUUGAACCUUUUGACAUCUCAUAGGCAUCUUGAUGAACUUCUUUAGAAAAAUUACCUGUUUGCAUCAAUGGAGGAAAAAUAUCCAUAAAGAAUUUGACAGGGAUACAGCUGAUUGUUGAUACAAACAUUGGUUUAACAUGUUAAACAGAUGUUAAAUCCUUUCGCAGGCCAUGACAUAAUUCCAUCUCAAAUAUUUUGUGCAAUUUAUGACAAAUAGGGAGAAGAACCACUGCUGAUUCCAAGCAUGACAACUUAGCAAGCAAUAGGGGUAGCACAGCUGGAUUUCAACUAGAGACAACCAUUUUAUAACAGAAGAGUUUUUUAAUCUCUUUGUUUAUCUCUUACUCAAAAUGCUUCAGUUCAAAUACAUAAUGUGUAGCAUGCAAAUAAUAUUGCUACAUAUUUCUAUGGAGAUUCUCAGUCAUCCAGGUCAUGGUUGUCCCAAAGGUGCUUUUUCAAGAGGCAACUGGACUUUCUGGUUUUUCUUUGAAGACGUUUCGCUUCCAGUCAGAGCUGAAGAAGCUUUUUGGAUAAGAAGCAAAAUGUCUUAAAAAAAACAACCCAGAAAGUCCAGGUGCCUCUUGAAAAAGCACCUUUUGGACAAUAUUGUUGCAUAGUUAUUGCAGUGCUGAGAGAUUGCCACAUAUGGUUUUAUCUUAAAUAACUUGAAACAUAACUGAAUUGGAGCAAAAGCUGGUGUAGGGUUGCUGCUGCUGGGUAGAGUAACCAAGGAUUCAAGAUUUUCAAGGAACAGGGAUUGCGUAGUUUUCAUCCAGCUUCUCUCUGGAGUUUAACCCCAAAUUAAUAGGCAGAAAGCAAACAUGAGAUAGUUUAAUCACUCACAAAUUUCCUCUCAAGACAAUCUUAGAACAGAGUGACAGAAUUGGAAGGGACCCUGGAGGUCUCCCGCUUAGGCAGGAAAGCUACACCACUUCAGACAAAUGGUUAUCCAGCAUCUUCUUAAAAACGUCCAGUGUUGGAGCAUUCACAACUUCUGGAGGCAAGUUGUUCCACUGAUUAAUUGUUCUAACUGUCAGGAAAUUUCUCCUUAGUUCUAAGUUGCUUUUCUCCUUGAUUAGUUUCCACCCAUUCCUUCUUGUUCUACACUCAGGUGCUUUGGAGAACAGCCUGACUCCCUCUUCUUUGUGGCAACCCCUGAGUUAUUGGAACCCUGCUAUCAUGUCACCCCAAUCCUUUUUUUCCAUUAAACUAGCCAUGCCCAGUUCCUGCAACCGUUCUUCAUAUGUUUUAGCCUCCAGUCCCCUAAUCGUCUUUGCUGUUCUUCUCUGCACUCUUUCUAGAGUCUCAGCAUCUUUUUUACAUCGUGGUGACCAAAACUGGCUUUCUGCUGGCUUUCCUUUCCUCACUGGGUUGGGGGAAGGUAUGUUUGCUGAUAUUGUCUUUUCCAAGAUAAUGACUGUUUCUUGCAGCAGCUUCAAGCAUUUUGCACAUGAAUCUGCAGUCAAGGAGAAGGGAAAGGCUUAUAUCAGGAAUGUUGAUUCAGGAGUCUGUUCCUGCUAUCUGGUCUUUGGAAUCUGGCCUCUGCAUCAGUCACUAUCAGUCACUAGGCAAAGGAUGAGACAUCUUCAUUCCCUAGCAGAGAGUGCUUUAAAAAGCAAACAGGAAACUCAGCACACAGGCAUCAAACUCAAAUUUCUACUCCCUGUGAUUUCCUUUCUCUACAUGAGCAGAAUUUCUCAGAUGUCCCCGUCCUCACUUUACUGGAAAAGCAGGAUCAAAACCAUAGAGUGUGGGAAAAGGAUUUUUAUCAAUCAGAAGAGAGCUGGAAGGGUCCUUGGAGGUCUUCUAGUCCAACCCCCUGCUUUUUCCUUUUAUAUGCCUUCUAGGAAGUUUUCAUCCUUGGUUUUGUGCAUUUCUAAAGAGAUGUAGUGAUCUUUGAUAUAUAAUGCAACUCCAGCUCCUGUUUUGUUAGGUCUCUUUCUUUUGAAUAGUUUGUAUCCUUCCAUCAAUACAUUCCAGUCAUGAGUUUCAUCCCGCCAAAUUUCGGUAAUGGCAACUAUAUCAAACUCCAAAUGCAUCAUCUUUUAAAAAAUAAAAUAAAAUAAAUGCUGGGAAGUAAAAGUGAGGAAUACCAUACGUGGCUUGCAAAUCUCCUGUUGCAGCAGGAAAUGUAGAAAUACUAAUUCAAAUAAAUGUCAUACUUGCAACAUGCUAGUUUCUUGUUGCACAGGAUGAAACCUAGUCAUGUGAAGAGCCUGAUCUAAUUGCUAAGCUACUGGGAAUACUAUUGAAGCUGAAAGAACAAUUAAUCAGCAGAACAACUUGCCUCCAGAAGUUGUAAAUGCUCCAACACUGGAAGUUUUUAAGGCGUUGAAUAACCGUUUGCCUGAAGUGGUGUAGGGUUUCCUGCUUAAGCAGAGGGUUGGACUAGAAGACCUCCAAGGUCUCUUCCAACUCUGUUAUUCUACAGCAUAUAAAUAUAAUGAGAAAGUGCUGAUGGUUCCACCAUGUGGCUAAUGUAGUAAUAAUGCUAACUGCAUUGGUAAUGGAGAAUUCCCUGACUUAUAAAAUACAGGUAGUCCUCGAUUUACAAGAGUUCAUUUAGUGACCGUUCGAAGUUACAACAGCACUGAGAAAAGUGGCUUAUGGCCAUUUUUCACACUUACGACCGUUGCAGCAUCCCCAUGGUCACGUGAUUUACAUUUGGAUGCUUGACAACUGGUUCAUAUUUAUGACGGUUACCGUAUCCGCAGGUCACGGGAUCACCUUUUGCAAUCUUCUGACAGCAGAAACAAUGGGGAAACCAGAUUCACUUAACAACCGUGUUAGUAACUUAACCACUGCAACGAUUCGCUUACCAAAUGUGGCAAGAAAAGUCGUAAAAUAGACAUAAACAUAAAUUUUGGGCACAAUUGUGGUCAUAAGUUGAGGACUACCUGCUGGGAGGGAUGAAUUUGUUGAUCUGCCCUCCCCUCAAUUAAAGCUAAACUCUCCCUCUGCUCUCCUGGACUGCAAGCUGAAAUGUAGAGGAACCAAGCCAACCAGGAGAGAAAAUUUGUCUGCAGCUUUUCCCCCUGAAGUUUUUAAUAAAAGAGUUCCAUGCGCUCCAUGGCUUAGGGCCCGGGUACUUACGGGACCGCCUGCUGUUACCUUAUGCCUCCCAUCGACCCGUGCGCUCUCACAGAGAGGGUUUUCUCAGGGUGCCGUCCGCCAAGCAAUGCCGGCUGGCGGCCCCCAGGGGAAGGGCCUUCUCUGUUGGAGCACCUACUCUCUGGAACGACCUUCCCCCCGGUUUGCGCCAAAUAUCUGACCUUUGGACCUUUCAUCGGGAAUUAAAAACUCAUUUAUUCAUUCAAGCGGGACUGGACUGAUUUUUUAGAUUUUUUAAAUUUCUUUUAAAUUUUAAAUUUUUAAAUCUUCUGUAAUUUUAUAUGGGGUAUUUUAGGUUGGUCAAUUUGACGGUUUUAAUUCGGCCACUAUUGAAUAGGUAUUUUAAAUUGAUUUUUAACUUUGUACACUUAUUGCUUUUUAUCUUGGCUGUACACCGCCCUGAGUCCUUUGGGAGAAGGGCGGUAUAAAAGUUUAAUUAAUAAAUAAAUAAUAAUAAAUAAUAAAUAAGAGUUGUGCCACAAAACGGAGGAAGCUGAGUUUUUGCAAGAUGUCUAUCUCACUACCUGUAGAGUCCAAGUAGGACUUAAAAGACUAGACCAGGGUUAGUCAACCUUUUUAUACCUACCGCCCACUUUUGUAUCUCUGUUAGUAGUAAAAUUUUCUAACUGUCCACCGGUUCCACAGUAAUGCGCCCUGUAUCGUCGUCUGCGCAUGUCUCUCGUGCAUCGUGGAUUGGGUUGGGGGGGUGUCGGCUACCAGCUCUGCUUGUCUGUUACAGCUGGGUGGUGUGGGGGGAGAUGCGUGAGCUAUUCUGGGACGAGGCUCUUUCGUUUGCGGUCACACUAUAGCACCAUUUAGUUUCACUUACGUAACAUGAACUAAACUUAUGCGCGGGCGAUACAAAUAGUAUAUUUUCAGAAAUUUAAAUUGUCACGAGGAAUUUUAUGAAAACCUAAUGAAAAUGUUUUUAAAUAAUGCUAUGAAAUUUUUUUUAAAAGUCAAUUAAAUUUAAAAAAAGGAAAGUGCUUCAGUAUUGGACAAAACCCCUACCGCCCACCAUGAAAGCUGGAACGCCCACUAGUGGGCGGUAGGGACCAGGUUGACUACCACUGGACUAGACCGUAGACUGCCUUCUACAGGCAGUCAGACAGACAGCUAAAGUUUGCAAAGACCCAGCCUCCUCCAUUUUCUAGCACGAAUUUUAGAAAUGACUUUUUUUUUCUUACUUAAUAAAUAAAAAUAGAUAAAAAGAUAAAAGUAAAAAGCUGCAGAAGGAUUUUCUUUCCUUGUUGGCUUGGUUCUUCUACUCUUCAGCCUGGAGUCAAGAAAAGAUUUUUAAAGGGGUAUUGGGUUUAGCUUUAGCACCUAAUUGGGAUAUGGGGGAGGGUUUCUAAGGGAAGAUCAAGUCCAUCCCUCCCAACUUUCUUUUUAAUUGAAGUAAUAUACAUUUAAAAAAUUAGUGUCUUCUCAUAAAAUCUUGAUUUGAAUAUAUAUGUAUGCAGUUUCCAUUUCAUAGAAUUUAACAAUCCAGCGUUUUCCCUUGAGACUCAACACAUUUUAACACAUUAUGCAAAGACUCGGCACAAUUGAGAAGUCCAUAAAGCUCGGAAAGAUGGAAGGAUAAGAGAAGGAUGGCCAGUAUCAAGGUGAAUGGGCUUGAUCACAGCAGCAAUUGGAAGAACUGAAGGACUAGAUUGGGGACAGAUCACCCUGGAAGUCUAUAUGGUUGUUAAGAACUGAUUCUGACUUGAUGACACAUAUUGUUUUUAUUAAUACCCAGCAAAAAUCUAUCAAAACAACUAUGAUUUCCUGCUCUUGAGCAAAGUUAUUGUCCAUCGAACCCACCAAACUGCAGUGAAUGUCUAUGGAGAUUCUCAGUAAUCCAGGUCAUGGAAAGAAGCACCUUUGGGACAAACUGCAGUGAAGUAUUUGAUUUAGUUUAAAGUCAAAUCCAGUGCAUUCUUCUCCUAUCCAACAAUAUAAAAGUUCAUUGAAUGGCAUUAGUAUUUGAGUUAUAUCUCACUUUUCAUUCAAAAUUCAAAAGAACCAUGUGCAGAUUUGUACGCUGGGGAAACAAAACCACCACUUCAUAAACGCAUGGCACAACAUAGGAAAACAAACACAUCAGGCCUAGAUUCAGCAGUCCAUCUGCAUUUAAAAGACACAGGCCACUCUUUUCAAGAUAGCAAAGUCCACAUUUUGGACGGAGAGGACUGCUGGUUUGAAAGAGGGGUUAAAGAGGCCAUCUAUGUCAAAAUUGAACAGAGGGGGAGGGAUAUAAUAUCAUCUAUAUCCAGUCUGCAACACAAUCCUUUCAACAGUUCCAUGAAGGCUUCACACCCAUUUGCACCACUCAGGUGACCCUGAUGAUAGAUAAACCUCCAGGUGACCUUAACGACCUGCUAAAAGAAUGCAAAUGACCAGCUGUCUGCAAGGAGUAUAAAUAAAUUCCAUUCCCCACCAUCCAGUUAGAGCUGAAGAAGCUUCUUGGAUGAGAAGUGAAAUGUCUUCAAAGAAAAAACAGAACGUCCAGCUGCCUCUUGAAAAAGCACCUUUGGGACAACCAUAACCUGGAUGACUGAGAAUCUCCAUAGACACUUCCAUUCAAAAGUUCAAAGCAAGACACAUGGCACUCUUUUCUCCACAAAAACCACAUGAUGGAGUUUGAACCAAAGGGAUCAGUCCAAAAACAUCCAGGGAAUUUUCAUGGCUGACAGCAGACUUGAACCUGGGUCUUUUAAAAGCCAGUUCAAUAUUUAAAUGUAAUGCAUUCACAGUAACAAGUAUGCUCCUGAGACCCAAGAGUUCUAUCCCCUUAUCCUUAUUAGGGAAACAGUUGCCAGAAUAACUGGCAGAGGCAACUUUUGAACUGGUAAGCAGAAGGCAAUUUCCCAUGGCCCUCCCGGUUUGGUCAGUCCUUUCAUUCUUCUAUCAAAGGGUUAAGCAAGCCUAUCUUAUUGACACUUAUGCAGGACCAAGAAUCUUGUGGCCUUCUACAAGGGGCCACUAGUGAUUCUCCAUCUCUGAUGCAAAAGAUGUGCCAGGCUGUGGCUGAGGAGGGACACAACGCUGAAGCGUUUUUAUCAUAAAAAUAUGUGGGUUCAAUUAGAAAUGACUAAAGUCUCAGAUGAAUACUGUCAGCGAUCAAAUAUUAUUUUCCUCCUUCACGCAAGCUAUGGGAAUGAUUUGCUCAGGCGUAAACCUUCGUUCCAAGAAUAUGAUCCACUGAUCUUACUUAUAUUCUGCAUUGAAGAGGUUUAUCUUUAGCUUAAUCCAUUGUGCUAGGAGGAAAAUGACACCAUUCCCAAAUCUGAAUGAGUCAAUCGUUGUAUAACUGGAAGAAUUAAUCAAGAACACACAUAUGUUUUUCUACCUCUUUUGUGCCAAUCUUCACGCAAUUAUCCUUCUAAAUAAAUGUAGAAUAAAGGAGGAUAUAAAAUUAUUUCUGCUUUUGAACUCAUGCUACAGAUUACAAGACUGUUGUAUGUUUUCCUGUUGCUAUAGGGACAUCUCAUGAAAUGUUAGAAAUGAAUAGGAUAAUCAAAACAGUUUGUUGGCAAAUACACACAAAACCAGGGGUUUUUUAGUUCAUGUUUUUGGGAAAUAGAAAAUUCUGAUCUAUGAUUGAAAUAAAUCAGAAAUGAUUGAUAAUGUUUUUCUCAUUCCACAGGCAAAAUCUUACAGAGGGAUAUGAACAACUGAUUUUUAGUGCCAAGUUU